CCUAAUCGUUUCUUCCCUCUCCUGCGCAUUAUCGAAAUCGAGAGAAGCGAACGAUAAAACAGAAAAUUACGCUAAGAGUCAAACGUCAAAUCAUGAGAUAAGAAUUUCCGGCAAACAUGAGCAAUCGUUUUUUACAUCAAAGGACGCUCUGGGAAAGCGAGUAAACAUUUCAUUGGACUAUGAACACCCUUUAAUGUCGGAGAUUCAAGAAAACAACGCAAAUACUCCGUAUUCUGGCGAAACGGCACAUUUGAAAUACGUACCGGAAUUGCUAAGGAGAGAGACACAAGAGGUAGCAACGGAUGUGUUACAGCCGAAAAAUUCCUAUAAAAUCAUGUACAUUCCUGCGAAAGAGACGAAUCAGACAGGAGAUGGAAGCCGACAUAAAUUUUUGAAUGCAUCGCAUAUUUCUGAAAUCUCCAAAGUAACAGAAAUGACAACAAGCGAAAUAGAAGAUGAAGAAAUCAGAAAGAUGGGAAAUAGAUUUAAAGAGGAAUUUUUGACCGGAUUGCUGAAUAAUGUGGGCGUCGAAAUUUCGAACUCGUUGAAUAACGCAAAAAAUAACAACUCACGACAAGUGAAGUUUUUUCAAAAACGAAAUGAUGGCGUUCAAACAAAUGAAUAUUCUAACGUCAGUGGCAUUUUGGUGAUGAAAAUACACUCUAAAAAGUUGAACAAUAUCUCGAUUCGACUGAUCAAUACAGAAACACAGAACGUUGAAUCGAAAGCCGAUAAUCAAACUCUGGAUAGUCACACCGAUGAAAAAAAAUGGGAAUCUGAGGAGAACGGUUUACUAGAAGCCGCGAAGUUUGGAUUACAAGCUAUGCAUGAUCUUUAUUAUGUCCAAGAACCUAAAUUAUAUUCAAUGGGUCUUUAUCUGGAGAGCGACAAUCCAGCGAGAUACGUAGCAGCAUUUAAUGAUCAAUCGGAGGAAGCAAGAGACCUUGCAAGAUUCGGAUAUGCGGCCCUUCAAGGUACCUCUAUGUUUUUAAAGAAAUUUCCAAAUACGCCAAUGGAAUUACCCUUAAUCCGAAAUAAGCUAACUAAAAGGACCUCGUUGGAACAACAAUGUCCACAAAGAGAUCCACCCCAAUGUCCACGGGCUAGCUUAAAAUACAGAACGUCUGACGGUAGCUGCAACAAUCUGCAGAAUCUCUGGUGGGGAUCCGCUAUGUCUACAAUGCAGAGAUUUCUUCCACCUGAAUAUCACGAUGGCGUUCAAAGCAUUAGAAGGUCGAAGAACGGAAGACCACUCCCAAGCGCACGAGAUAUCACAAGCUUAAUCCAUGAAAGCAAAGACGUACCUCUAGCAUCUGUUACUCAUAUGCUAAUGCAGUGGGGGCAGUUUAUAGAUCACGAUUUAACAGCAACCGGCCAAAGCAGAGGAUUUAAUGGCACAGUACCACAAUGUUGUUUACAAGGAGGCAUCGGUUUUCAACCGCCAGGAUUUAUGGUAAUAAAUUAA